CAUAACCAAGAAUACAGAGAUUCUGGUGGAGGUCUUCAUACACAAAAUUUGUACCGUAUUCCCUGUUCUUAUGUUAGUUCCAAAUGGAAGAAUCUGUUUAACAUUAACUUUAUUCUCCAUCAAAUGUGUAUUUUUUGGGGGGGCAGAUAAACUUUUAUUGUUUGAAUCUCAUCUAAUUUACUGAUGAUAAUUGGAGCUAUGAAUACAUGGCCCUGCUUCAUAAACUACUCUUUAAGGCCGGCCAAGGGUCUUGCUAGAAUUUGCACCCUAUAUCAAGCUCUUAAUUACCUCUUUGUUUGUUUUUUCUUCUCAUCUUAGUUUUGCAGACUCAGAAGCAUUCAAUUUCGACUAUAUAAUAAAUGCUUUGGAGACUCUCUAAAUUGAAUUGGAUGUCUCUGACAAAAUGGCUUACUUGAUUCUAUCUCCAGGUCAAGUUUAAUUUAACAUCAAAACUACCAGGUGCGGAGUUGGUUAUUGCUUCUACUCCAGUCCAGUUCUUCCUCAAGAGCCAAGCAAUGUUGCUGCUAAAUCUUGAAAAUUCAACUAAGCUUCUCAUGACAAGAGUAUCACGCAUCUUCCAUGUUUACAAUUACCUCCUUACUUCUGUGGUGUUUGUUGUAUUGUGUCGAUGUUUGGGGUAGAUGGUACUUUGAUGGCCCAGUAAUAAAUACGAGCCUAGCUACUUCGAUGUACAAGUUCUGCAAUCGAAGAUAUUUUUCGCAUUACUUCUUGACAAGUUCUUGUACAGCAUACAGCCUGUGGCUGCGAAUACCAGCAAUAAUGUUGAAGCUUUGUUCAUAGGUACAACACAAAGUUUAAGGCCGGUAAGCGGAUCUACUAAGAAUUUGGACCAUGUUCGUGUUCAAGCUCCUGAGUUGUUCUUUGUUUUUCUUUCUCAUGGUAACUUUGGCUUCCUCGGUAGCAGAUCUUGGCUUUCAGUACAAUGGUUUCAGAGAUGCUCAGAAUUUGCAUCAGGAUGGCAUGGCAGAUAUCACCCCUGAAGGGAUAUUGAGGUUAACAAACACGGAAAAGAAAAAUUCAGUUGGCCAUUGCUUCUACUCCAAUCCAGUUCAAUUCCAUCAUAACUCUUCAUCAUCAUCAGCCAACGGUAACACUACUACUGCAGUCUCCUUCUCUACUACUUUCGUCUUUGCCAUAGUCUCCGAGACCGAAAUAAGUGGUCAGGGGCUUGCCUUUGUUAUUGCACCUAAAAGAGGGCUACCUGGAGCUCUAGCUAACCAAUUUCUUGGUCUUUUCAAUGGGAAAAACAAUGGAAAACCUGAAAACCAUGUUUUUGCAGUGGAGCUAGAUACUAGCGAAGAUGUUGAGUAUGAUCACGACAGUAACCAUGUUGGUAUCAAUAUUAACGACUUAAAGUCUGUUAAGGAAAAACCCGCUGGGUAUUACACUGAUGAGAAUGGUGGGUACAAGAGCUUACUUCUUAAAAGUGGGAGAGCCAUGCAAGUUUGGGUGGAAUAUGAUGGGUCGCAGAAGCAAAUUAAUGUAACAAUAGCUCCAAUUAAGGUAAACAAACCAAAUGUUCCGUUGUUAUCUUUUCACCAAGAUCUUUCAACCAUCCUCUUGGACACUAUGUAUGUGGGGUUUUCAUCGUCUACUCGAACCGCGCAAACAUUUCAUUACAUAUUAGGAUGGAGUUUUCAGAUUAACGGCGAUGCUCAAGGUCUGGAGAUCUCUAGCCUUCCCAAGCUUCCAGAAGGUAAAUCAAAAAUGUUGACGAUUGUGUUGUCAACAGUUAUGUCAUCUGUCGUGUUAAUAGCGAUAUGCUUGGGCAUCUUUUUGGUCCUAAGGAAGAGAAAGUUCGCGGAGUUGGUAGAGGAGUGGGAACAUAUUUACGGGACACAUAGAUUCACAUAUAAAGAUCUAUACACGGCUACAAAAGGGUUUGCAGAGAAAGAGAUUAUAGGGUCGGGCGCCUUUGGUCAGGUCUACAGAGGUGUAUUGCCCUCUUCUAAAAUGGAAGUUGCUGUCAAGAAAGUCUCCCAUGAUUCAUCUCGUGGGAUGCAGCAAUUUAUUGCAGAAAUUGUCAGCAUAGGCAAGCUACGGCACCGAAACUUAGUACAACUCUAUGGCUAUUGCAGGCGAAAGGGAGAGCUACUUUUAGUGUAUGAGUUCCUGUCCUGUGGAAGCUUAGAGAAGUUCAUAUUCCCGUCUCAUUCGGAUGCAGCAUCUUCAUCACCAAGAGCAAUACUUAAUUGGACUCAAAGAUUUAAAGUCAUAAAAGGUGUAGCUUCAGGACUAGUUUAUCUACAUGAAGAAUGGGAAAAGGUUGUGAUUCACAGAGAUGUGAAGGCAAGCAAUGUUUUAUUAGAUUCUGAAAUGAAUCCAAAAUUGGGUGAUUUUGGUCUUGCAAUGUUAUUUGACCAUGGGACAGGUGAUGCUUUUACUUCUAGGGUUGCAGGCACACCGGGUUAUAUCGCACCAGAAAUGACUAGAAGCGGAUAUGCAUCAACCAGCACUGACGUGUACUCUUUUGGGGUUUUCUUGCUUGAAGUUGCUUGUGGGAAGAGACCAGGAGAGGUAAAAACAGACUCAACAGGUGAGCAUUUGGUUUAUCUGGUAGAUUUGGUUCUGUCUCGUUCUAGGAAAGGCAUUAUUCUUGAAACCAUUGAUCCAAUUUUUGGAAAUGAAUAUGUAGCAGAGGAGAUAGACUUGGUUUUGAAACUUGGGUUGUUAUGUACUCAUACUAAUUCUGAAUUUAGACCAACAAUGAGACAAGUUAUGCAGUAUCUGAAUGGAGAUGCAGCUUUGCUUCAAACAGAUUUGUGGGCUCUUGAGAUGAGCGAUACCAUCAAUCUAGCGUUCGCGAGCCCUCGAGCACCUUUGGGAGACUUGUAUCCUUAUGGUGUAGACGGUACAACCACUGGAUUUUCGUCUACACCCGAAGUGUCAGUGAUUUCUGGUACCCGCUGAUUUCCUUAAAGGUUGGGCGCACGUCGGGAUGUUAAGGAGACCCCAUUGUAUAAUUCAGCUAGAAUUGUAUAUUCGUUUAUUGCAUUUGUAAUGCUGCAGACUUGACACAAGUUCUCGUGGAGGUAGUCAUACACAAACUGUAUCUUUUUGCCUCUUCUUAUGUAAUGGAAGACUUUCUUUUAAAAUUUCA